UCAAUUCAACUUGACAAAUCCAUACAGAAAGCGAGAGGCUGCUAAAUUAAAUUCAAUUGUAUAGUAAUAGUUUUAUAAAUUAUUUCGUGAUGAAAUACAUCUCAGUUAGUUUGAUAUUAACUUUAAUAUUUGCUGGAUAUGUUAUUAAUACGAUAUGGACUCUAGCCGAAAUAUUCAUACCGCCCGAAUGUAGUCGUGGCGAACGAUGUUUUAGUUCCUAUUUAGCUUCAGAUCCAGUACAGCAUUUAGUUCUUUACACCUCUGUUAGAGAACAUCCGCACGCGGGUGAUCCCGCCACAGAAGCGGUGACAAAGGUGCAUACUUCGGUGAAUUUCGACUACCGGAAUUCGGCUUCUAUUGAUGUCACAUUGAUAAUUCCUCGCAGAACCCGUAAUAAUGGCACAUUGUUCAUGCAUGCGGUUCUCCUUGAUGAAGACCGGUUGUACAAGCAGUUUGAUGACAUCGUUAGAACAGAAACAUUGCAUACCUUGCCACUGAUCACAUUUAUUGAACCACAAGCUGCCACAUUUAAUUUAUUAAACAAAAAUACUGAAGAGAAAAAACCAAAGGUUCAAAAUGUGAAGCCCAUAGCUCAUAUAAACACCAUAGUUCCUCUGUCUGUUCUUACAGACAACUUAAAUCUUCCAGCUAACAAAAUACCUGGGGAAUUGUACUCUUACAUAAGGUUACGCAACCGUAAGUUCUUGCCGAUUAUUCAGCACAACGUACUGAAAUCUCGACUGUCAAACCUUCAGCCAUUAAACAGCAGCAGUUCUGAAGUGAACAUAACUGUCACUGUGUCACCGUCCUCAUAUGGCUCCUUACGUUUGGCCCUACAUGUCCGCCUGGCUUUGGAACAACUACAUAACCUAGGAUUUACUGACAAAGAUGUUGAUGAUGUUAAGGGGAUCUUCGCUGAUACCAACCUGUACCUGCUGUCUGCAACACUUUUGAUUGCUAGUUGUCAUUUACUGUUCGACUUCCUGUCAUUCAAGAACGAUGUGUCAUUCUGGCGAAGCAAGCGCUCCCUGGGCGGGCUCUCAACUCGCACCGUGCUAUGGCGCGCGUUCUCGCAGCUGGUCAUCUUCUUCUAUCUGCUGGACGAGCAGACGUCGCUGCUGGUGCUGGUGCCGGCCGGCGUCAGCGCAGUCAUUGAGCUAUGGAAGGUGACGAAGAUCCUCCACGUGCGUGUCUCCUGGUCGGGCUGGCGGCCUCGCGUAUGGCGCGACGUUCCGGACGCGGCAGAGCGCAGCACCGCCGCCGCCGACGCCGAGGCCAUGAAGUACCUGUCCAUGCUGCUGUACCCGCUGUGUCUGGCCGGCGCGGUCUACUCGCUGCUCUACGAGCCCCACAAGAGUUGGUACUCCUGGGCGCUCCACAGCGUCGUGAACGGCGUGUACGCGUUCGGCUUCCUCUUCAUGCUUCCCCAACUCUUCGUGAACUACCGACUGCGCUCCGUGGCGGCGCUACCGUGGCGCGCCUUCAUGUACAAGGCGUUCAACACGUUCAUAGAUGAUGUGUUUGCGUUUAUCAUCACUAUGCCGACCGCGCAUAGAGUGGCUUGCUUUAGAGAUGACUUGGUGUUCCUCGUGUAUCUAUACCAACGAUGGUUAUACCCGGUGGACAAAUCGCGAACAGACUCGGCUGUCAGUAUGGACGAGAACCCGGAAGAGUUGGAGCCGCUGAAAGAAAAAGCCGAAUAAGGUUUAUUAGUCCAAAUAGUCCAUGAGAUGUUCAAAAAAUCAUUUUGAAUUUGGUGAAACCAUUUUGAGCAUGGCGCACUUUACACGUUUAAGUCACAGAACAGAAUAUAAUAAUAUUAUAGAAAAGACGCUUCCCACAAGGCUUUUCGUACAUUGACCUGCUUGUUGCUAUCUCUAUUGCACGCGCAUUUAGAUUGCUAUCACGCUCGCACAUUGACAGCCGGCAUCAUGGGCGGUACCGGUACCAAUUUUCAAUCUUAUUACCUAGGUAAUAGAGUUCAAAAAAUCAAGUGUUCGAAUGGCUAAAGUUUAUACUCUGUCUCUCUCGGCCAGUUUCGGUAACGGCGACUGUUUCAGCUCCCUUGUUGAAGACGUUCACGCUCUCUCGCACUAACAGCAGCACACUUGACUGACGGAGUAGACCUUAUUUAAUUGCAAUAAGGUAGGUAGUCAUAUAACUGCGUCAAUUAUGGUAAUUAUAAUACUAUCUUUGUGGUUAAAUUAAUUUUCUUUUGGAGCAUUCCACGGGCUGUCCCGUACAAACGCAUUUUAUUUCCCGUGUUGCGACUUUUUUUUCGGCAUUUAAAGCAGGCGAUUAUUUUUCUGUGCAUAUUUUUGGCCAUUUGUCAUAGAAAAGAAAACUCUUAUACAUGCAAAUCCUCAGAAAAUUUGCGUUUGUACGGGACAAACGGUAGACAAUUUCAUGCAAUGAUCCUUUUACUCAAGAACGCCGUCCAUGGCUUUUUGAACAUCUCACGGACUUGGGUAAUAUGUAAUUUAGUAGAGGAGCUAGUUAUUUGGUUAUUCCUAUAAUAUUGGAGACGGCUGCUUGUUUAUAUGAAUAUUGAAUAAGCGAAACUGUAUUGUUUUAAUGUUAUUUAUUUGCUGUAUUUACGGUACGUGUUCUGUCACCAAACAAAAUUGGUACGCAAUAUAACUCAAAUAUGCUCAAAAUUAAUAGCACAAGUCUUGAGUCUGAAGUUGUAGGCUACGGUGACUGCUUACCAUUAGGCGGGCCGUAUGCUUGUUUGCCACCGACGUGGUAUAAAAAAAGUGUUUUUAUUCAUAAACGCCUUGCAAACCUCGAAUAGCUAUAGUUAGUUGGUUCUUGUGUCUGUCACUUUAACAUUUGUGUUUGUUAGAAAGAGACAAUAAGGUACUUUAAACUAAGUAAUAGAGGCUUGUUAAGUUUUAUGAAUUAGUGGGUUCUCUUGACAAUGUAAAUCUGCACAUAUUUCGAGCAUUUUUUGUAACUGCUUUUGUUUCUGACUGUACAUUUUAUGGUGCCAGAGGAAAACUUUUUGAGUUUGUGCAAUGAACUAAAAACGAUUGGAAAAAUGAAAUUAUUAAUUAAGGUUAUGCUUAGAUUAGCUUUAUUUCUCCAAUGAACUGUGAAUGAGGCUGUCUAAGGUGCUAAAAAGAUUUGCACCAUUACUAUUUGUUUAAUAUGAUUAACGCAUAUGUUAUACUUACUUGAUCAUUCGCAAAACUCCUGUAAACAUAACGUUAGAAUAAGCCCUAAUAGUAUUUAGAAAUAUCUUCGGAGCAAUAAUUUGAACUAGCGUCUGAGUGUAUAAAGAAAAUUAGGAAGUAAAUUGCUAAACUAUGUUAAAUAUAUGGUAAAAAUAAUUUAUUGAAAUGCCUAAUGUGUAUUUUUAGUAAAUAGCGCAACGAUAUAACUUACUUAUUAUUAUUAUAAAUGCAUAGAAUACCUGAAAUUUUAAUUGAAAUUUAAGUUGUUAUAGCAUAUGCUGUCCAGUA